CCCGGAGGAGCCCGACGGCGCCGGUCCUCUCGGGGCUCCGGGGAUCGCGCGCGCUCUGCAUCGGGAUCGUGGAACGCUUGAUCCCCGAGGGCCAGAGGCCUGCCCGGCUGCCUCUCGGUCCCACCUCGCAAGGCCCGAGCGGAGCGGAAUCGGUUCGAAUCCCGGCGCGUGAUCCAGACACAGGCGGAGGAAGCCGAGGCCCAGAGACGCCAAGAGCCUUGCGAGCCAUCACACGCUCGUCCAGGGCAGAGUUCCCGUCCGGUGCUCUGUGAGCCACCAUGACCUGCAACAGUGGACAUCGCGUACUGUUCAACGACCCUAAUGGCAGGUGCUACUUCUAGUCCCCACUUCUCAGAUGGGGAAAGCGAGGCCCAGAGAGGUUAAAGAACGACCUGAAGGGGCUGCGCUAAGAUUGGAACCCAGACUCACUAGGUGUAAAAGGAUCUCGCAGGUCCUGCCUGGCACCAGGAAACGAUCAUGGCAUGCCACCUUCGCCGUUACCGUGUCCAGCUGCCAGCUCUUCCUGGAUGUCUGUCUCCUCGUUUCUAUGGUCUCUUCAAGACCCAAGCCCUCAAGGUACGUGACAGUUAUGCCAGUGGACACGCUGACCCCAGGAGCCCCAGCCACUCCUGCCCUUCCUUUUCGCCUGCGGACCAAGGUUCCUGGCUACCUGCUACGUAGGCCAUCAGACAGUGGAGCCCGGAAACCCAGCGCUGUGGAGCGUCUGGAGGCGGACAAAGCCAAAUACGUCAAGAGUCUGCACGUGGCCAACACCCGCCAGGAACCUGUACAGCCUCUGCUGUCUAAACAGCCACUCUUUAGCCCAGGGACUCGACGAACGGUGCUCACACCCAGCCGCCGAGCCCUGCCUGGGCCUGGCUGCCGGCCCCAGUUAGACCUGGACAUCCUUAGCAGCCUUAUCAACUUGUGUGAUAGCCCCGUGUCUGCUGCUGAGGCCAGCCGCACCCCGGGACGGGCAGAGGGAGCCCCUCAGCGCCCUACAGCCACCCCUCCACGCUCACUGCCCAGUACAACUGCUGUCCGUCGAGUGGAUGUUCGUCCCCCACCUCUGUCACCUGCUGGACUCUGCUCAUCACCUGGCACAACUGUCGCCUCCAGCCCCCUUCGGCCACCGGGUCUGCAGCGCUCCAAGUCGGAUCUGAGUGAGCGCUUCUCCCGGGCAGCAGCUGACCUUGAGCGCUUUUUUAACUUCUGUGGCCUGGACCCAGAGGAGGCACGGGGUUUGGGGGUGGCCCACCUCGCUCGGGCCAGCUCGGACAUCAUGUCUCUGGCAGGUCCCAGUGCUGAGCUGGGCAGCUCUGAGGGGGGCUGUUCCGCCCGUAGCUCUGCUACAGUGGAGGAGCGCGCCAGAGAGCGGGUCCCCUAUGGCGUGUCUGUGGUGGAACGAAACGCCCGCGUGAUCAAGUGGCUGUAUGGCUUGCGGCAGGCACGGGAGACCCCUGCAGCUGAGGGCUAGGCCUCUGUUCGAUGUGGAAUUCACCACAGGACAGAUCUUGGAGUGGCAGCUGGCCCCUGACCACUCCCGCAGCAUUCUACGUCGGGUUAGACCAGAGAUGGUCCCUGUGUGAACUCGGUGUAGAGGCAAAAGCUGGCUCCUAGACCAAGAAUGGGGAGGGUUGCUCCUGACCUUGGACUCCUCUCCCUCAAGCACAAGAUUUCUGACAUUAGUGUACCCCUCCUUGGCUCUUCAGGGAGGCUGGAUUUGGGACGUUUAGCCCUCACCACUGGGGACAUACCAAGCCUGUCUACCCAGUGGCUCCAUUUCCUCCUUCCUUCCUUGGCCUCUGUUCUUUGGUGACUUCCUCUUCCUUACUCGGUUGGCCCCUGCCUCCUGGGAACUCCCCCUGGGGUGAGGGCCCGGGAGAGAAUCUGUCUACUGCUCUUCCUGAUUUUUGGCAGCUGGCUUAGGUGGGCAGAUGACAGGAGGGACUGCUUAGGAGUGUGCACUGCUCUGCCCUUCCUCUCUUAGUUAAUAAAUGCAAAUGCUUCUUUCUCAA